AUGCACAGCGUGGUUGAGACUGAGGAUACCACCAAAAGGAAGCCAAACACGGUCACACAAUACAACAAAACAAAGUGCGAUGUGGAUGUGAUGGACCAAAUGGUGCGGGAGUACAGCGUGGGUGCAGGAACACGGAGAUGGCCAGUUGCCGUGUUCUACAACAUGAUUGACAUGGCAGCACUGAAUGCACAUGUGCUUUAUCAGGCAUGCAUUGGGGUGCAGGAGAGACGGGUGGACUUCCUGGUUGAGCUUGCAAAAGAGUUGGGUAACUCUCAUGUGAGUGAGAAGAAGGCACACAAGGAGAAACUGCUUCGGCAACAACCUUCCACACCCAGCCCAGGCAAAAGGGCGAAGUGUCAGGUCAACCAUCGAUGCACGAACAAUUGUGCAACUGUGAGAUGUGUUGACUGCUACAAAUACACAUGUGGCAAAUGUACCAGGGACAUACCCUGGCAGUGCCAGGUUAGCUCGGACCCCCCAUCGCCCACUUCUGGUUCACUGUCUCUGGGUCGGCAUGAGUGCCUGAAAUUCACCAGCGAGGCGGAUAUGAAAUCCAAACCAAUCUCCUGUCAGGCCUCAUCCCCCGUGCAGGAGGUUAAAAAGCAAAACGGUACCUCGAGCUCAUCAAACCUGAAGCACCUCCUGACCCCCGGCCUUCACCUUCCCUACAGUGGACAGCAGGGAGUAGCUGAGGAGCACAAAAGGCGGAGCCAAAGUACCUGUGCUACCCCUCACACAGCAGGAGGCUCCACCUCAGCUCAGCAAAGCAAAAAAAGAAGUUGCAGUGAAAUCCCAGAAUCCUCUGCAGAGAUCUUCAGGACCAGCUGUGAGCUGGAAAAGGAAAACGCUCAUUUUAUUGUGGUGGACAUGGUGCUUGAGAAGCUGGAAAGUGCAAAGUGGACUCUGAGUUUAGAUCAGUGGCUUUCCACCAUGGACACACACCACGACACACACUGCCAGAUGUGCAGACAUACAAGCUCCGCACAGGACAGUUCACCACACAAACAGACAUGCACAGCACAGCGACGCGCAGGAGACUGCAGCACAGAAGAUCCCAGACAACAGAGUAACAAGCGAAGACAUCCACAUGAAGACGUGAAGACGGCACACAGAGACACACACUCGUAUGUGCAGGAUCAAGAGGAGAAAGCCAGGAAGGACGUGGCUCAGCAUCAAAUAAAGACUCUGUCUAUGCUCUCCACUGACAGCGGCUUUGAAGACUGUGGAGCUGAUCAUACAUUUCCUCAGAGAGAGACUCUAAGAAAUGCUGAGCAGCUGGCCCAGCACCUCGUGUUGGAGUUCAAGAGGAGUUGGCUCCCUUCUAAUGAGCUUCAGCGUGGCCGGCAAAGCCUCCGUAGCUCGCUUCAGGAGUUGCCUGGUACAGGAGGAGUGGCGGUGAGCAGCAGCAGCCUGACAGAGGAGAUCAGACAGCGUACCAGGAUGAGAGGAUCCCUCAACUGGGCACCUCCACGCUUCCAGAUCAUCUUCACAGUCCAGCCCACACUCAGGCGAAGAGAGGUCGUGGCUUUGCAACACUUCCUGUGCGCAGGCUGUGGGACCGAGGUGGAGCCAAGGUACAUCAAGAAACUGCGGUACUGUGAGUACCUGGGCAGGUAUUUCUGUGACUGCUGUCACAGCAACUCUGAGGCUGUGAUUCCAGGUCGAGUUUUGUCCUGCUGGGAUUUUGGCAGGUACCCUGUGAGUGAUUUCUCCAAACAGCUGCUGGACUCGGUGUGGCAUCAGCCUCUGUUUGAUCUGACCUGUGUCGGUAAAACUCUGUACGGUAAAGUGAAGGAGCUGGACAGGUUUAGGGAGCUUCAGGAUCAGCUGCUGGGCAUCAAGAAGCUGUUGACAGCCUGCAGAUUAUCAGGAAGCACUGUCGCCGAGUUGGAGGAUUUUCCUGCUCACUUGAGGGAGCAGCCAAACCUGUUCUCCAUGGACGACCUCCAGAAGCUGAAGAAGGGUCAGCUGGCGGCACAGACCAAAGCGGUGCUGCACUCUGCCAUUGCUCAUGUUGAAAACUGUGAGCUGUGUCUCGCCCGAGGUUUCAUCUGUGAGUUUUGCAGAGAGAAAGACGUCGUCUUUCCUUUUCAGAGUGACAUCUGUAAACGCUGUCCAGUGUGCAAAGCCUGCUUCCACAAAAAGUGUUUUGUGGAGAAAAAGUGUCCAAAAUGCACACGGAUCCAGGCACGGAAAAACCACUGGGAUGGAUCCAUGAAGAGUAACACCUGAACAACAGCAGCCGCGUGUCAGCGGUUCAUUUAACA